CAUCAAGCGCACGAACGUUGAAGGGUGAGGAACCCCGCCAUCACUAAUUUAGCCGGACAGCGAGAAACGCCGGACUAGUCGAGGGAGCCAAUUUACAUUUCAAGCGCCGAGCACGAGUAUGGGCAGCUGCAGCAUUUGCAGAGACUGAUCGUGUCCUGAAUAUAUUCUUUGCGUGCGCAGUCUAGGUAAGCAUUGGCGCUUCCCUUGCUUUGUCUUUGCCACAUACAACCGCAUUUGAGCGUUCAUACAUCAAUGCAUGGCAACCUUGGUGGGUUGAACUAGUGUUUGCGACGUGAUCUAUCACGAUUCGACCAAUUCACGUUCCUGCGGUUUCCCUCAAUUGUACAUGCCAAAUCAAUCACUUGAAUAUGGAUGCGGCUAAUGCGACUGGCGCAAGCCUCCCCAUAGACACCGAGUCAUUGGUUUUGUGGAUGGCUUCCUCCGAGGUAGACCAGAAGGCCUUGGGCAACUUUGCGGCCACAACAAGCCUGGAGAAUCCAUUUCUGUCCGCUAUGCUCUACAAGUUACUGGGCUUGUCGGUCAUGCUUUCCAAGAAAUUGCUCCGUGCACGACGCUUACGACGUCUCGAUCCGACCCGUGAAACCAAGUCACUUCAGCUCUACUACCAUAUUAUAUGGCUUGCUCGCGAAGGUCUCCUCAUUUUAGAGCAAUGCGUUCUUCCGCGUGUACAGGUGUAUGUGGAACUGAAUAUUCUCGCUUUUAAGCUGAGGGCUUCUUUCUACCACAUUUUUGUAUUGUUUCAUAACCAACCUGCCAUUCAUGCACCGGGUAUCGACAAUCUGCCGAACAAUGCAACCUUCUCUAACAGCACUGCAAAAGCAGAUUUGGCAAACAAGCCUCCAGAAUUGAGGUACUCGUUCCAGCCAAGACCCGAAAUGAUUUCAGUCUCCGAUGCAUCGGCCGCAGCCCCAGACAAUGCGCUGUGGCGCAGAGUCACACAGGCUCCUCCAGGCCUUGCUCCAAUUCAGCCGCCCAAGUCAAUGUCGGCUUUCCUCCUACCAGCGAUUGAUUACACCAAGACGGCUACGCAAUGCUUCGACUAUGCGGUACUGUUGGCGGAACGCGUUCUUCCGGGUUCGCAUCCUCUGCGGCUAUCGAUCAAGCUCGAGUAUGCCGCCUACCUCUAUGACUGCCUCCAUGACCCACUUGCCUGUCGACGAGUAGCGAAAAAGGCCAUCGCGGAUGUGUACAAUGCGAAGGAGGGAAUGGAUGAUGAGAGUUUUGAGGAUGCCGCGGAGAUCGUUGGGAUACUAGGCAAGAUGGUCAAACGUGUAAGGAAGGCGAGUACAGCAGGCAGUACGACUGUCGCUGAGACACCCAGAGAUGAACAGUCCCGAAGCGACGGAUCCCGCACGCCGUCUUCUCGAACGACAGCCUUCUCUAGAGCCGCACCUUCAGUGAAACCGACGAGCGCUGAAUCCCUGCCGCCUGCCGUGCCUGAUCCGACAAUGGUCAACCCUAUUUGAUCUCUGUUCUGAUAAACUUGGACCUCUCCGUUCUUGUUGUAUACGUACUCAUGAUCUGUAUAUACUUGUUCCAUGUGUUGGUUUAGAUUCGAUCGGUACUGGGGAGGCUUAUCUACUGUUACGCUGCG